GGGCGAGAGAGAGAGAGAGAGAGAGAGAGAUUACUACGCAGCCACAGCUCUUCCGCCAUUCAGUCAGACAGUCAACUCAACCGGGAGGACCAGCACCGAACCACCGAAGAACCAGAGCCCGUCGUCAGCUGAGCUUCGCCUGUUUCUCCGACUGAGACUCCACGCACACACCACACCGACAACAUGCGUGAAAUCGUGCACCUGCAGGCCGGGCAGUGCGGGAACCAGAUUGGAGCAAAGUUCUGGGAGGUGAUCAGUGAUGAGCACGGCAUCGACCCAACAGGAAGCUACCAUGGUGACAGUGAUCUGCAGCUGGACAGAAUCAAUGUCUACUACAAUGAGGCUUCAGGUCAGGACUGUUAAACACAACUUGCUGUUCUCAUAUUCCAUCUUUUUCUUUUCUAAUAAAAAACGUUUUGACACAUGCAUUUGUGUUCCAGGUGGGAAGUACGUGCCCAGAGCCAUCUUAGUGGAUCUGGAGCCAGGCACUAUGGACUCUGUUCGCUCUGGCCCCUUCGGACAGAUCUUCAGACCUGACAACUUUGUCUUCGGCCAGAGUGGUGCUGGUAACAACUGGGCAAAGGGCCACUACACAGAGGGAGCUGAGCUGGUGGACUCAGUCAUGGACGUUGUGAGGAAGGAGGCUGAGAGCUGCGACUGCCUGCAGGGUUUCCAGCUUACACACUCCCUGGGCGGUGGUACUGGCUCUGGUAUGGGAACCCUGCUCAUCAGCAAGAUCCGUGAGGAGUACCCCGACCGUAUCAUGAACACCUUCAGUGUGGUGCCCUCUCCUAAGGUGUCAGACACUGUGGUGGAGCCCUACAACGCCACACUGUCCGUCCACCAGCUGGUAGAGAACACAGACGAGACUUACUGCAUCGACAACGAGGCCCUAUAUGACAUCUGCUUCCGCACCCUAAAACUCACCACACCCACUUACGGUGACCUCAACCACCUGGUCUCUGCCACCAUGAGCGGCGUGACAACAUGCCUGCGUUUCCCCGGACAGCUCAACGCUGAUCUCCGCAAACUGGCCGUCAACAUGGUGCCCUUCCCUCGUCUGCACUUCUUCAUGCCGGGCUUCGCCCCUCUCACCAGCAGAGGCAGCCAGCAGUACAGAGCCCUCUCGGUGCCCGAACUCACACAGCAGAUGUUCGACGCAAAGAACAUGAUGGCCGCCUGCGACCCGCGCCACGGGCGCUACCUGACCGUGGCUGCCGUGUUCCGUGGCCGCAUGUCCAUGAAAGAGGUGGACGAGCAGAUGCUGAACGUGCAGAACAAGAACAGCAGCUACUUCGUGGAAUGGAUCCCCAACAACGUGAAGACAGCCGUAUGCGACAUCCCGCCUCGCGGCCUCAAGAUGGCCGCCACCUUCAUCGGCAACAGCACGGCCAUCCAGGAGCUGUUCAAGCGCAUCUCUGAGCAGUUCACCGCCAUGUUCCGCCGCAAGGCCUUCCUCCACUGGUACACCGGCGAGGGCAUGGACGAGAUGGAGUUCACAGAGGCGGAGAGCAACAUGAACGACUUGGUGUCCGAGUACCAGCAGUACCAGGAUGCCACGGCUGAGGAGGGCGAGUUUGAGGAGGAAGGAGAAGAGGAGGUGGCCUAAGGCUGAAGUCUCAUAUCAUUUCUCAACUGCACUCGUCUUAAAUCCAUCCAACCAUCAUUCCACUUAUUUCUCUCCUGCUCUGUUCUCUUUCUCUGACUCCUCUGAUCCCAAUGUUUCUGUUUGCCUCUCUCUUCCACUGUCGGCCCCCUUUCCUCCAGCCACAGUCGGAUUCACCACACUUUAUUAACUCGCAGUGCUCAUAUAGAAGUAGCUAACACAACUGUGCUUGUGGUCUUUUGUCAGUAGCUUUCUGUUCAUGUCAAUUCAUCACCACCAGUCAAACAGUACCUGGGCCAAGUAUUCAAUGAAACCGUUCAACGCAAAUUUGAUCACUUGUCUGAUUUGGCAUUGAUUGGAAUAAAUUUGUUGGAAAAAUA